AAACAAAGCCCUUCUCACCCGUGCCAUCAUUGCUUCAUCAUCGAUAUAUCUUGAAUAAAUAACUCUAAUAUAAUUAUUAAAAUAAAAAUAAAAAUAAAAUAGAAAUUAAUAAGAAACAAGAAAAUUAAUUUUGUCGACUUCUUCUUCUUCUUCAUCGCCAAAAGCUUUUCCCCUUUUUCAUUCAAUUCCUUUUUCUUCUUCUUCUGCAGCAAUGCUCCACACACCGCUUACCCUGCGCCCUACCGCACCCAAUCACUCCCCUCUCUCCAUGACCUCCGCCGGCAAGCGUCCCGUCGACAUUCCCUCCACCGCCGACGACGACGCCGACGCUUCCGAUCCAGUCAAGCGCCGCCGCCGCAGCAGCUCUGAGGACGUUCCGAUUGCGGAUGAGGAGGCGGCGCAGCAGCUACGGGCGGCGGUCGGAGAUGAAGAUUCCGACUCCGGCGGGCUACGGCUGCUCGGUCUGCUUCUCCAGUGCGCAGAGUGCGUGGCGAUGGACAACCUCGACGACGCCGGGCAGCUGCUGCCGGAGAUCGCGGAGCUCUCGUCGCCGUACGGAUCCUCGGCGCAGCGGGUCGGCGCGUACUUCGCGGACGCGCUCUCGGCGCGCGUGGUGGCGUCGUACCUCGGCGCGUACGCGCCACUCUCCCCGCCGCCGCGUGCGCACCUCCUCCGGCUGCAGAACGCCGUCCAAAUCUACAACUCCGCCGCGCCGCUCGUGAAAUUCGCGCACUUCACGGCGAACCAGGCGAUCCAGCAGGCCGUGGACGGCGCGGAUCACGUCCACGUCAUCGAUCUCGACAUCAUGCAGGGCCUCCAAUGGCCAGGAUUGCUCCACAUCCUCGCCUCCAAAUCCCGCCGCAUCAAGUCCCUCCGCAUCACCGGCCUCGGCCCCUCCGGCGACCUCCUCGCCGCCACCGGCCGCCGCCUGGCCGAAUUCGCCGCCGCCUUCAGCAUCCCGUUCCAAUUCCAGGCCGUGGAGGGCAAAAUCGGAAAUCUCCAAGACCUGACCCAAUUAGGGCUCCAAAUUGGAGAAACCGUCAUAGUCCAUUGGAUGCACCAUUGCCUGUAUGACAUCACCGGUAGUGACUUAAAUGCACUCAAAACCCUAACCCUAAUUAGGCCCAAAUUGAUCACCAUUGUUGAGCAAGAUUUGGGCCAUGGCGGGGCCUUCCUCGGCCGAUUCGUCGAGGCCUUGCACUAUUACUCGGCCCUAUUCGACGCCCUCGGCGAUGGGCUCGGGCCCACGAGCUCCGACCGUCAUGCCGUCGAGCAACAAUUGUUCGGGUGCGAGAUACGCAACAUUGUGGCCGUCGGGGGCCCAAAGAGGACGGGGGAGGUGCGCGUCGAGAGGUGGGGGGAAGAGUUGCGCCGGGCCGGAUUCGGGCCGGUUUCUCUCGCGGGAAACCCAGCCGCACAAGCGAGCUUGUUGCUCGGGAUGUUCCCGUGGCAAGGCUACACUCUAGUCGAGGAGAAUGGGUGUCUCAAGCUCGGGUGGAAGGAUUUGUCGUUGAUGACGGCUUCGGCUUGGGAGCCUUCGGAUUAGGGGCGGUGUGUGCAAUUUAGGUACGAAAACGAGUCGAGUCGAGUCGAACUCAGCAGAACUUGUGUGUGUUUUGAUGGUGUUGUAAAGAUGAAGUUUUGAUUCUUUGGUGAUUGAAAUAAAAAAUUUAAAAAGAUGUUAAUAAUGUUAAUGUAGCAAAUUUAUGAACAUCAAUCAUCAAUGCACUAAAGUUGGUGA